UCUGACUUUGUUCUUCGCACAGGAGAGAUACGGGACUAUCGUGGAUCUUCUGGGGAGCCUCAACAACCUCAUGAUGCUGACGAGGCAGAGAAGAGUCUCUCCAGAUCAGAACGCCUCAAUAAACACCAGCAGAGAUCCACAGGGAAGAGAACUCACUGCUGCUCUGACUGUGGGAAGAGAUUCACCUCAUCAGGCAUUAAAAUUCAUCAGCGAAUCCACACAGGAGAGAAACCUUAUAGCUGUGAUCAAUGUGGGAAGAGUUUUGGUCAAUCUUGCCAUCUGACUCAACACCAGAGAACACACACAGGAGAGAAACCUUAUAGCUGUGGUCAAUGUGGGAAGAGUUUUGGUCAAUCUCGCCAUCUGACUCAACACCAGAGAACACACACAGGAGAGAAACCUUAUAGCUGUGAUCAAUGUGGGAAGAGUUUUACUACAUCUGGCUAUCUGACAGUGCACCAGAGAACACACACAGGAGAGAAACCUUACAGCUGUGAUCAAUGUGGGAAGAGUUUUACUAAAUCCGGCUAUCUGACAGUGCACCAGAGAACACACACAGGAGAGAAACCUUUUAGCUGUGAUCAAUGUGGGAUGAGUUUUACUACAUCAAGCUCUCUGACUAUACACCAGAGAACACACACAGGAGAGAAAUCUUAUAGCUGUGAUCAAUGUGGGAAGAGUUUUACUACAUCUGGCUCUCUGACAGUGCACCAGAGAACACACACAGGAGAGAAACCUUAUAGUUGUAAUCAUUGUGGGAAGAGUUUUAAGACAUCUGGCACUCUGAAUGUACACCAGAGAACACACACAGGAGAGAAGCCUUAUAUCUGUGACCAAUGUGGGAAGAGUUUUACUACAUCUAGCUCUGUGACUAAACACCAGAGAACACACACAGGAGAGAAAUCUUAUAGCUGUGAUCAAUGUGGGAAGAGUUUUACUACAUCUGGCUCUCUGACAGUGCACCAGAGAACACACACAGGAGAGAAACCUUAUAGCUGUAAUCAAUGUGGGAAGAGUUUUACUACAUCUAGCCAUCUGACUCCACACCAGAGAACACACACAGGAGAGAAACCUUUUAGCUGUGAUCAAUGUGGGAUGAGUUUUUCUACAUCAAGCUCUCUGACUAUACACCAGAGAACACACACAGGAGAGAAAUCUUAUAGUUGUAAUCAUUGUGAGAAGAGUUUUCCUACAUCUAGCCAGCUGACUUCACACCAGAGAACACAUACAGGAGAGAAACCUUAUAGCUGUGAUCAAUGUGGGAUGAGUUUUACUACAUCAAGUCAUCUGAUUCGACACCAGAGAACACACACAGGAGAGAAACCUCAUAGCUGUGAUCAAUGUGACAAGAGAUACUCUAAUAAAAGGUGUUUGAUCAAACAUCAGAAAAUGCAUACAUGAAGAAGUUGUUUCAUGAUAUCAAUGAAUUAAUGUCACAAUGUAGAAUGUUUUAACAUUGUAGUAGGAGUAUUUUAAUGAUGUCACAAUGUAGAAUGUUUUAACAUUGUAGAAGGAGUAUUUUAAUGAUGUCACAAUGUAGAAUGUUUUAACAUUGUAGUAGGAGUAUUUUAAUGAUGUCACAAUGUAGAAUGUUUUAACAUUGUAGUAGGAGUAUUUUAAUGAUGUCACAAUAUAGAAUGUUUUAACAUUGUAGAAGGAGUAUUUUAAUGAUGUUCUACCUUAUCCUUAUCGUUUACCCUGUUCAAUUGAUUGCAGCAUGAUAUGGAUAUUAGCUUCAGGGGAAAAUCCAGGCUCUGAAUUGAAAGAGUAUUAUUUAACAAAAAGUGACUAACAAAAAAAGAGCUGUGUUACACUUACUGUGUUGGUGACCCACUUUAAUCAAAAUGCAGCACUUCAAAAUGUAGCUAGCUGUUUUCUACAAGUUGAAAAAGCUGCUUGUUUUAAAAAAAUACAUGUAAUAUGAUAAUUGUUGCAGAUGUUUGUGUAUAUACACACAUGAAAGCAGUAUAAUAAAUUGUUCUAUAAUCAA